GCAUAACCAAAGGCUGUCCCCGCGCGGAAUCGGAGGUUCCGUAUUCAGUCGGAGGCAAUGGCAGCUCGUUUAACCCCCCCGUUCGUUUCAAGCGUUGUGUUUUUGUUUCUUUUGAUUUCAGACCAACUGUAGCUCACCCGACGCGUGUUUACGUCACCCCCGUGACGAAAUAUUGCGGAGGCGGUCAUUUCCCCGCUCCCAUUUGUGAGUUUGUCGCGUCGACGGUAGCUCACUGAAGCUCGCUCGCGCCUUUGGUUCAUCGCGAGAGAUCGUUUCCACCUUUCUCCGGCGCAAAUCAUGCCUCGCUUCCACAAGGCAGAAGGCAGAGGAACCGCGCCAAGACCAAAGUUGGACUGGAGGUUCGUGCAGAGGUUCUGCGGCAUCCAGAAGGUUCUGUUCCCGUCAUGGAGCAGCCAGAGCGUCCUUAUGUUUGCCACGCUACUCGCAGUGACUUUAGCAGAGCAGCUGAUCAUUUUCCAAGUGGGCAUCCUUCCCAGUCGCUUCUACAACGUGUUGGCCGACAAGGACGGCAAGAGCUUCAAGAGCCUGCUGCUCACUGCCAUGCUGCUCAUCGUCCUCAACUCCAGCCUAAAAAGCCUGGAGCAGUACAUUGGCAACCUGAUGUACGUGAAGUGGCGCAAGACGCUCACGGAGAGCCUGCACGCGGCCUACUUUCAGGGGCGAGUCUACUACACGCUCAACGUGCUCCGCGAGGACGUGGACAACCCGGACCAGCGCAUCAGUCAGGACGCCGAGAGGCUCUGCAAGCAGAUGAGCGCCAUGGCCGGUCGGCUGGUGGCGUCGCCCUUCACCUUGGCCUAUUACACGGCCCACUGCUUCUUCAGCACCGGCUGGAUGGGCCCCGUCAGCAUCUUCGCCUACUUUGCGGUGGGCACGCUGGCCAAUAAAAUCCUCAUGGGGCCCAUUGUGUCCACCUUGUUUGAGCAGGAGAAACUGGAGGGCGACUUCAGAUUCAAGCACAUGCAGAUCCGAGUCAACGCUGAGUCGGCGGCAUUUUACAGGGCCGGCAAGGUGGAGCGCGCGAGGACCGACGGACGCCUGCAGGCUCUGCUGCAAACGCAGCGAAGUUUGAUCAACAAAGAGCUGUGGCUUUCCGUUGGGGUCAACACUUUUGACUACCUGGGUGGCUUCCUCAGCUACGUGGUCAUCGCCAUUCCGAUUUUCGGCGGGCUGUACGACGGCCUGACGCCCGGCGAGCUCAGCGCGCUCAUCAGCAAGAACGCCUUCGUGUGCAUCUACCUGAUCAACGGCUUCACGCAGCUCAUCGACUUGUCCGCCACGCUGUCCGACGUGGCCGGCUACACNNCCAGGAUCGGAGAGCUGAGGGAGGUGAUGGAGGACAUCAUACGCCGCCAGUGCGACUACGACCCCGCUUCGGGGGAAAGCUACGACUUUGACAGUGACUUCGCCGUGCACGGGGGCCCCGUGGACACGGCCUUCACGCUGGACCACCUGUCCUACAAGUCCCCCUACUCGGACCAGCGGCUGGUGGAGGACUUGAGCCUGACCAUCGGUGAGGGGACGCACCUGCUGGUGGUGGGCAACACCGGCACGGGCAAGACCUCGCUCCUGAGGGUCCUCAACAGACUGUGGGAGGCCGAGAGCGGUUUCGUCCAGAUGAGCACAUGCUUCGGGCCCAGGGGGACCCUCUUCCUGCCCCAAAAAGCCUACCUGACGGACGGCACGCUGCGCCAACAGGUCAUCUUCCCACUCAAGGACAUUUAUCCGGAAUCAGGGUCAGCAGACGACGACAGAAUCGUGAAGUUUCUGGAGCUGGCGGGGGUGUCGAGUCUGCUGAAGCGCACCGGCGGCCUGGACCGAGUCGUGGACUGGAACUGGUACGACGUUCUGUCCCCGGGUGAGAUGCAGCGACUGUGUUUCGCUCGCCUCUUCUACCUGCAGCCCAAAUACGCAGUGUUGGACGAGGCCACCAGCGCCUUGACGGAGGAGGCGGAGUCUCAGCUGUACCGCACCUGCAAGCAGCUGGGCAUGACGCUGGUCAGCGUGGGACACCGCAGCAGCUUGGAGAAGCACCACGACGUCCGGCUCAAACUGUGCGGCGGCGGCCGUUGGGAGCUGAGCCGCCUAAGAGGCGCCGCCGGGAGUCUCCCGCAGGACGUCUUGUGAGCCCAGCGCUCGCGCUUCUCUCCGUUCUCCACCCACGUCUGAAGAAGGGCGACGUCCCGUUGGCCGCUCGCUUCGUUCUGGGGCGCGACGUUGGGAGAGCGCGGCUCGGUGCAAAAGUGGUUCGGCUUUGGGUCCCCGGCGCCCUCUCUCCUUGAAGUUUGACCUCCCGCCGUCGACGAAGCCCGCCUCCCCCUCAAGCAAAUGAUCAAUCAGCGUGGCGAGUUUACACUGGAAAUGUUUCUUUGCGGCGAUUCCGUAAACAUCAUUAAAAGCACUUGAAAACUC